GGGGAGGGGGGUUUGUAAUGUGUAGCGAUUGUUUGUGCUUGAUUUCAAUGAUCGAGCAAUGAACAGGUUUGUUGAGCAUCAGAUGCUCAUGACCUUUAAAGAGUUCUGGGCCGACUGUCAUAGACAUUUAAAAAAGUACAGCGACCCGGAGGAGGCUCGUGCCAACCCACCAAACGCAUUGGUUGGACGUGAUGAGGAUUAGCACUUCCUCUGCGACCAUUAUAUCAGUUGUGCAUUCCAGGAGCAAUCACGGACGAACAAGGCUGCUAGACAGAAGCAGCCUUACAAUCAUAGUAGCGGGUCCAAGUCGUUUCUACAACGACAGUAUGAGCUCGCUGAAAGAAGAGGGCAGCUGGUCGAUCGUGUGGAAUUGUUUCGGGAAACACACGUUCGAGCUGGGACAUUCGUGUCUCAGGCCGCCGAGGAUGCGCAUAAUCAAAUGCUGGAACUCCAAUCCCAGCCUACCCCAGAGGGUAGUGAGCCACUCUCUGAGGAUGAGAUAUGCGAUCAGGUGUUGGGUAAACGACCAGGCUACUCAAAAGACCUUGGUUGGGGACCCAAGCCGAAGGUCCGCAGAACGGCGAGUGCAAGCAGUUUGUCGACAUCUUGUUCGUAGUCCACAGAAAAAGAGAUUGAAUUACAAGCUAAACUUCAUGAAGCUUUGGAACGGAAUGAAGUACAAGAUAGAAAUCACCAAGCAUUAGCUUCACAAGUGGAAAGUAUGAAAAAGAUGAUAGAAGAACUAACUCGUGCACAACAGGGACCACCACAUGAUCCUUAGCUCUGCAGACCGAAGGUGUAGAAUAACGCGCGUACGCACCUCGUUGGGAGACUUUUUCUUAAUGUUUAUGUUUUUUCUAUUUUGAGAACUAUAUUUUGUUGUAGUGAA